AUGAAAAUCAAUGAUAUGUAUAAAAACAUCGGCAAUGAGUUUCAGGCAUCAGACCCUCAGGCAUCAGACCCUCAGGCAUCAGACCCUCAGGCAUCAGACCCUCAGGCAUCAGACCCUCAGGCAUCAGAGUCUCAGGCAUCAGAGUCUCAGGCAUCAGAGUCUCAGGCAUCAGAGUCUCAGGCAUCAGACCCUCAGGCAUCAGACCCUCAGGCAUCAGACCCUCAGGCAUCAGAGUCUCAGGCAUCAGAGUCUCAGGCAUCAGAGUCUCAGGCAUCAGAGUCUCAGGCAUCAGACCCUCAGGCAUCAGAGUCUCAGGCAUCAGAGUCUCAGGCAUCAGACCCUCAGGCAUCAGAGUCUCAGGCAUCAGAGUCUCAGGCAUCAGAGUCUCAGGCAUCAGAGUCUCAGGCAUCAGAGUCUCAGGCAUCAGACCCUCAGGCAUCAGAGUCUCAGGCAUCAGAGUCUCAGGCAUCAGACCCUCAGGCAUCAGAGUCUCAGGCAUCAGAGUCUCAGGCAUCAGAGUCUCAGGCAUCAGACCCUCAGGCAUCAGAGUCUCAGGCAUCAGAGUCUCAGGCAUCAGACCCUCAGGCAUCAGAGUCUCAGGCAUCAGAGUCUCAGGCAUCAGAGUCUCAGGCAUCAGACCCUCAGGCAUCAGAGUCUCAGGCAUCAGAGUCUCAGGCAUCAGACCCUCAGGCAUCAGAGUCUCAGGCAUCAGAGUCUCAGGCAUCAGAGUCUCAGGCAUCAGACCCUCAGGCAUCAGAGUCUCAGUCAUCAGAGUCUCAGGCAUCAGAGUCUCAGGCAUCAGAGUCUCAGGCAUCAGACCCUCAGGCAUCAGACCCUCAGGCAUCAGAGUCUCAGGCAUCAGAGUCUCAGGCAUCAGAGUCUCAGGCAUCAGAGUCUCAGGCAUCAGAGUCUCAGGCAUCAGAGUCUCAGGCAUCAGAGUCUCAGGCAUCAGACCCUCAGGCAUCAGAGUCUCAGGCAUCAGAGUCUCAGGCAUCAGACCCUCAGGCAUCAGAGUCUCAGGCAUCAGAGUCUCAGGCAUCAGAGUCUCAGGCAUCAGACCCUCAGGCAUCAGAGUCUCAGGCAUCAGAGUCUCAGGCAUCAGACCCUCAGGCAUCAGAGUCUCAGGCAUCAGAGUCUCAGGCAUCAGAGUCUCAGGCAUCAGACCCUCAGGCAUCAGAGUCUCAGGCAUCAGAGUCUCAGGCAUCAGACCCUCAGGCAUCAGAGUCUCAGGCAUCAGAGUCUCAGGCAUCAGAGUCUCAGGCAUCAGACCCUCAGGCAUCAGAGUCUCAGGCAUCAGAGUCUCAGGCAUCAGAGUCUCAGGCAUCAGACCCUCAGGCAUCAGACCCUCAGGCAUCAGAGUCUCAGGCAUCAGAGUCUCAGGCAUCAGAGUCUCAGGCAUCAGAGUCUCAGGCAUCAGAGUCUCAGGCAUCAGACCCUCAGGCAUCAGACCCUCAGGCAUCAGAGUCUCAGGCAUCAGACCCUCAGGCAUCAGAGUCUCAGGCAUCAGACCCUCAGGCAUCAGAGUCUCAGGCAUCAGACCCUCAGGCAUCAGACCCUCAGGCAUCAGAGUCUCAGGCAUCAGACCCUCAGGCAUCAGACCCUCAGGCAUCAGAGUCUCAGGCAUCAGACCCUCAGGCAUCAGACCCUCAGGCAUCAGAGUCUCAGGCAUCAGACCCUCAGGCAUCAGAGUCUCAGGCAUCAGACCCUCAGGCAUCAGACCCUCAGGCAUCAGAGUCUCAGGCAUCAGACCCUCAGGCAUCAGACCCUCAGGCAUCAGAGUCUCAGGCAUCAGACCCUCAGGCAUCAGACCCUCAGGCAUCAGAGUCUCAGGCAUCAGACCCUCAGGCAUCAGAGUCUCAGGCAUCAGAGUCUCAGGCAUCAGAGUCUCAGGCAUCAGACCCUCAGGCAUCAGAGUCUCAGGCAUCAGACCCUCAGGCAUCAGACCCUCAUUCCGGCACAAAUGUCUAA